CAGGGAUGAGGUAACCUAGGAAAGGCUCACUCUGCAGACACGUCACUGCCCCACAGCUUCCUCUUCCCUGGCAGGACUGGGAGAUGCACCGGGCUCCACACACCUGGGGGUCAGGUGCUGCGCAUGCGCGUCCGUCCUGCACGGCGCUGCGCUCCAUAGGGUCUUUGCACUAGUUUAUUCCAGGCCUGUUCCCGUCACACGCCCGUUCUCCAGCAUGCACCGUGUAAACGCACCCCGGAAAGGCUCCCAGCGUCCAGCAGGCUAGUGGGCGUGGCUGGGCUCCUCGUCACGUAGGGGCGGGGUUUGGAGAGGCCGCCUGCUGCGCGCUCCUGGGGUGACAGGUCGUGAGUGUGUGGGAACGCGGAGAGGACGGCGCCGCCCGGGACUGGGAUAUCGGACUCUGGGACUACUGCGGGCUCACCCGGCAGCGACUACACAGUAGGUGGCCCAGCGUCCUGAUCUAACCAUCAUGGUAACAGAACUCCCCGACGUGUGCGCCAUCAUCGGACAAUGGAUGUGACCUUACCUAGCGUAAGAAAUAACCUCACUACAACUUGUUUGGACUACGUGCACGUCACAUAACUUUUUAAUUUUUUUGGGCCACCAGUGUUUUUGUCACUAGAGGAAGUACAGCCUUACGAAGCGGGUCCAGGUCCUGUUAAGCUGGUUUUGUGCUAGUUCGAUCUGCAGAGAACUCGCCUCUGAGCUCUUUCUUUCUUCUUGUUUGUUUGGCGGGAGUACACCACCGGAGACGGUAACAUAAACUACCAAGGACGAAGCUCUAGAAAAUGUUGAUGGACUGGUUCUGAAAUAUAUUUGUGCAAUUGUGAAGCGGAGGUGACGGGAUGGCUUCCAAGGAGAGACUGUGUGAGCUGUGGAUGCUGUAUUGCAGCAAGAAAGACCCGGUCUAUCUGCGGCUGUGGUUGGACAGUUUUGUUUCUAAUUCUGAACAAUUCCUUGAUGUUGACUUUGAUGAGUUGCCAACCAGAAUUGAUGAUGAACCCCCAGGAUUAUCUAUGCUUGAAGACCACAUCUUACAAGUGCUUAGGCUCCAGCUGCUGUACUGUGUGCAGAAGACAGCGGAUGGCCUGGAGGAGGAACAGCAGGCCCUGUCACUUCUACUUGUGAAAUUCUUCAUUAUAAUUUGCAGAAACCUGUCCAACGUGGAGGAGAUCGGGUGCUGCUCGUACAUCAACCUGUCAUUACCAAUGACAACACUCUAUGUCCAGCAGCUUAAAAGUAAAACAAAAGAGAAAGAAGUCACAGACCAAGCCCCUAUAGAAGAAUUUGUAAGACAUGCCCUGGUGUUUUGUGAAAGCCUGUAUGACCCGUAUCGGAACUGGCGGUAUAUUGUGUCGGGUCGAACCAUCAGUCCUGUGGAAAAGAGCAGGCAGAAAUACAAAGCAGCUCCUCUAACAGUAGAAUUCAUUCCCUUCUUUUACCAAUGUUUCCAAGAAAGUGAACAUCUCAAAGAAAGUUUAAAGUGUUGCUUAUUACAUCUGUUUGGAGCUGUUUUAUCUGGUGGGCAAAAAAAUGCUCUUCUGGUCAUUUCUCCUGCCACCAUGGAGGUCCUAAUGCGUGUAUUAGCAGACUGUGACACAUGGGAUGAACGUGACCCAGAGGAAGUGAGUCGUAAAGCAGAGCUGACCCUGAAGUGUCUGACGGAGGUUGUGCACACCCUGUUGAUCAGUAGUUCUGACCAGCGGCAAGUGGAAAUCAGCACUGUUUUAGAGAAUUACUUCAAGCUACUCAACUCUGACCACUCGGCAUUACCGGGAUUGAGGAGAACCAGGCAGUGGGAGAGCAGGUUCAUCACCCUGCAAAUAAAAAUGCUAGAUUGUAUGACUGCAAUGUUAAACUGCAAGGACAGGCCGGUGCUGCAAGCAAUAUUCCUAAACAGCAACUGCUUUGAGCACCUCAUCAGACUGCUUCAGAACUGCAGGCUCUUGUUAAGCGCUAACACUAGAGGGGCAGACAAGAGUGAAAAAGACCUUGCCAACAAAUUACUGACAGAAAUGAAUGAAAAUCAGGUUUUUCAAGAGCAGUUAGACACUUUGGUUGUCUGUACUAUUAAAGCACUUACAGCUGUGAAACAUAAAUCUCCCGGAGCAAAGGAAGUGUUUAAGGAAAGAAUUGGCUACAUUCACUUGCUUGAGGUGUUGAAAUCUCUAGGCCAACCAUCAAAGAUGUUACUUGAAGAACUUCUUAACAUGGCUGUAGAGGGAGAGCAUGCCGCAGUUGGGAUUUAUGGCAUAAGCAAUGUCCAACCCCUGCUCCUGCUUAUACAGUGGUUGCCGGAAAUAGUGUCCCAUGAUCUCCAAAUCUUUAUCUCUGACUGGCUGAAGCGAAUCUGCUGCAUCAACAAGCAAAGCCGUACAAUGUGUGUCAAUGCUAGCAUGGUCACCCGGAUCAUAGAUACUCUGAAUUCUCAUUACUCUCUACAUCGAGUCUGUGCAGAAAACUUGAUCAGUCUGUUAGGCUCAUUAGGCAGCCAGUCAAUGGGCUCGGAAGAGCUGUUUCAUCUUAUUGGCCUGCUGCGGAUGGAUGAACCCAAAAAGAGCCAUCCGUAUGUUGUCCCUGUGACCAGAGCGAUGCUCACCAUUGCCCGUAAGCAGGGGUUAGAGAGUGCCUUGCAGUACUUCAACCUGUCCCACAGCUCGUCAGGAAUCGCCUUGCCUACAAUUCAGAAAUGGCCUGGCUCGGCAUUUACAUUUUAUGCCUGGUUUUGUCUUGACCAAGAUCAGUCCUCCUAUGGCUUUUCAAGCGGUGGCUCAAAAAGAAAACAGCUAUAUAGCUUUUUUACAAGCAGCGGCACAGGAUUUGAAGCUUUCAUCACCUCCUCUGGUUUUCUUGUCGUGGCAGUGUGCACCAAGAAAGAGUACACUGCCGUUAUGUUGCCAGAUCACUGCUUCUGUGAUUCAUUGUGGCACAGCAUUGCGAUUGUCCAUGUACCUACAAAAAGGUCCUUUUUUGGACAAAGCAAUAUCCACAUUUAUGUUAAUGGACAGCAGAAAAUCUCUUCACCCCUGAAGUUUCCCACUAUGAGUGAACCUUUUACUUCAUGUUGCAUUGGAUCUGCUGGGCAAAAGACCAAUACUCCACCCCCAUCACAGAUAGCAGACCCACCAGUCUCUCCUCCAAGUAAUACCAGCAGGUCAUCACUGGGAAGCAUUCUGUCAUCACCAUCAAGAAGUGGGUUACAAGGAAAGACAGAUUCUGUCAAACUCAUUUCCGCUGGAACUCAAGAUAGUGAAUGGGGGUCUCCAACAUCACUUGAAGGACAACUUGGAUCUGUUCUCAUCUUCCAUGAUGCAUUGCAAGCAAAUCAAAUUAAGGCUCUGUACUUGGCUGGUCCUAACAGCUUGAGCCCCUGGAAAUCACAGGACACAGAACUAACAGACUUACCCAGCAAACUACUCGUUUAUUAUACCCCGAAGGCUUGUGGGAAUCACAUCUGCCUUGAUUUAUCACCCAACCUAUUUCAUGGACGAUUGACUGGGAACAAAGUUGUUAACUGGGACAUUAAGGACAUGAUCAACUGCAUUGGUGGGCUGAAUACAUUGUUUCCACUACUGGAGCAGAUCAGCUGUUUAAAUGAGUUUGCCGGUGACAAAUCGGAGAGUAUCAGUCUUCCCCCCGAACUGUUGACCCCUACUGAAGGAGAUUUUGUGGUUGUGUCUUCCACGAAAGCUUCAGAAGCUCGUCUGGAAAAAAAUAUUGUAGCUACUUUUGUUUUGCUGAUUAAGCACUUUAUUCAGAGACAUCCAAUCAAUCAGGAAAAUCUGAUGCAUUCCCAUGGAGUUACAACAUUAGGGGCACUGCUGCAGAAGGUCCCAGGCCAUUUCAUGGAUGUGAAUGUUCUGAUGGCUGUCCAGCUCCUGAUCGAGCAGGUGUCUGUGGAGAAGGACACUGCUUUGCUGCAGCAUAUGUACCAAUAUCUGCUGUUUGAUUUCCGGAUCUGGAAUCGUGGAGACUUUCCUUUUCAAAUAGGACACAUACAAUAUUUGUCAACCAUCAUCAAAGAUAGCAGAAAACUCUUCCGCAAAAAGUAUGGUGUUCAGUUUUUGUUGGAUACAAUCCGAAUAUAUUACAGUAAGGAGAACUCCUUGUCCUAUGAGGAUUUGACCUCAAUAAGAGUCUCUCUAUUUGGACUCCUCAAAUACUUUCUCAGCAAAGCUGGCACACAGGAGGAGAUUCAGAGUGUCAUGGGUUACAUUGCAGCGACCAGUGAUGAAGAACAGCUAUGUGGAAUAUUGGGUGUUAUACACAACCUCCUGAAUACCACACCUUCUCAAGACCAGCUCUUUCUGCUACUUUUUGAGCCAGGCAGUGCUGAUAUUCUGUAUGCAUUGCUGCUGAAUCAGAGGUAUUCUGACCGACUGAAAGAUCUUGUAUUCAAGAUAUUACAACUGAUGUUGAAUUGUAAUAAAGUUUAUGAAAAAAGCAAACUGCGAAUUCGACUGAGAGAAGUGGGAUACUCUGGUCUUGGUUUGCUGGUGAAUGAUGCCCCUGUCAGUAUGUUACUCAUAAAAGGACUUCUCAAUCAAGUGCUUAGAGCAGAUCCAGUUAUAAACUACAGAGACCUUCUGGCAGUGGUACACAUGUCUUACAAGUCUGAUCUCAUGGUACGAGUCGCCAUCUGCAGGAAGGUUCUUCAAAUCCUGCAGUUCCACCCAGAUGCAGCGUCACAGAUUGCUCAGCAAGUUGGCUGGCAGGAUACUUUUGUACGGUUCUUUCUAAAGGAAAACUCAGAAUUUAAGAACAACACUAAAGUCAAUUGCCAAGAUACUGUUAAAGAAGAGGAUAAAAGUGCCAGGGCCGAGGAGUCACACAGAAGUCAUUUUAGGAAGGUGGCCAUGGAUAAAGCAGACAUUUCAAAUAAUGGUACAUGUAACAACUGGUGUCCUGAAGAAGUGAAGUCUCUAAAUUCAAGCCUCCAGUCUACAAGCACACUCCUGGAUGAAGAUGGACCCUCUUUUAGUGAAGCUCAGCUUCAAGUAGAGGACCCAGAAGUCUGGCCUGGUGACCCCUCAUAUCUCACUUUAGAACUGGCUAAUUUUGAAUUAGGAGAUGCGGGAAAUCAAACACCGGGAAGUUUAACCAGCACACCUUCACCGGUAGAAUCCGCUAAGUCCUUUAACAUGGAUCGUCUUGAUAAAGAGUCUAACUGCUCAAAUAAUGUACUCUUUAGGGAUGAUCUCUCCCUUAGUGUGAAUUUAGAAAGCAGAGAGGACUGUGAAGAGGAGCUGGUGCAGCUGCUGACAGACAUACUGCUGUGUCUUAUGUGGAAAGGCCUGGACAAGUCGGAUAAUGUUACCUGGAUCGAAAGAGGACAAGUAUUCUCUGCACUAACCAGCCUUGAGAUGGCUAAUGAAUUGCUGCGACCAUCAGAUGUAAUUAAACUGAACUUGUUGGAGAAAAUGCCAGAAUGGGCUGUAACCGAAAACAGAGAUCCGAAGACCCAGGUCAAUGCCGAAAAUGCAAACAGAUUAUUACACAUUGUACAGGAUUUUCUACAAGCUGAAGGUCGGGUUAAUCCCUCGCUCUGGACAGAAAAGCUACUAGAGGAGAUCGUCACCCUGAUGGACAGCCUGUCGGUGUGGUACCCAGCUGGUCUUGAAUCUGAGACCCUUUCUCAAGUAGAGUUCCGACUUCUGCUCGGCUUCAUUGGACAGGACAAUCUGCAGGUGUGUGCCAUGGCCACUGCAAAACUGAAUACUUUGUUGCAAACAAAAGUGAUUGAAAAGCAAGAAGAGGCAUGUUUUCUUCUCGGGAAACUGGAAGGGAUCCUCAGCAAAUCUAUUCAGGAGAAGUCUGAAACCUACUCCUUUCUUGUUCCCAUUGUGAGGACUCUGGUUUCCAAAAUAUAUGAACUGCUCUUCAUGAACCUCCAUUUACCGUCCCUUCCGAUUACUAAUGGGAGCCCUUCCUUGUUUGAAGACUUCCAGGAGUAUUGCAAGUCUGAAGAAUGGAGGAUCUUCAUCGACAAAUUUAUUAUAUCUUAUAUGAAGCAGUACGAGGCGGUCACAUUUAGCAAGAGCCAUGAGCAGAUGGCUUUGUAUUGGAAAGAAUGCCAUGAGGCACACAUGAUGAGUAUGCACAAGCGUGAGCGCGAGCGGGGCGAAAGCAAGCUGAAAUUUCAGGAAUUUUUUUUGGAGCCAUUUAAUAGAAAAGCACGUCAGGAGAACUUGCGUUAUAAUAGUAUGCUGAAGCAAAUCAACAGCCAGCACACUGCCACUUUAAGGCAGUGGAAAGCAGCGCAAAGAUACCUCACCUGUGAACGUGGACCUUGGGCUGACAGGAAAAAGAACUGGGAAUACUGGAAGCUCUCCAAUGUAGAGAACUACUCACGUAUGAGGCUCAAACUGGUGCAGAAUAGCAAUUUUGACCCCCAUUUAGAGGCCAGUAAUUUGCGUGAUAACUUGGGUGUCCAACAGGCAGAACUGUCUAGUGAGUCACUACUGUUGGAAGCUGUAAAGCAAGUUAAAGUUAGUGACCUAGAAGAUGAUGGACUUGAGCUGCCUGAAGAGGACAGUACAGUCACAAUAGGUGAAAAAGAAGAACAGAGCCAGAAGGAGAAAACCGUUCUAUCUGAGGACUGCGAACUCAUCACUGUAAUGGAUGUUAUUUCUGGCCGCUUAGAAGUUACCACUCAGCAUAUUUAUUUCUUUGAUGGCAGCACUGAAAAAGAAGAAGGUGUGGGGUAUGACUUCAAGUGGCUGCUUUCUCAAAUAAGAGAGAUUCAUUUACGUCGGUACAACCUGAGGAGAUCGGCUUUGGAAAUAUUUCUAGUUGAUCAAACCAACUACUUUCUGAAUUUCAAAAAGGAGGUCAGAAAUAAAGUAUACAGCCGCAUUCUUUCUCUCCGUCUUCCAAAUUUAUAUGGAACUCGGUCACCACAGGAAUUAUUGAAAGCAUCAGGCCUUACCCAAAAAUGGGUAAAUAGGGAGAUUUCGAAUUUUGACUACCUCAUUCAGCUGAAUACAAUAGCUGGGAGAACAUACAAUGAUCUUGCCCAGUACCCAGUGUUUCCAUGGGUCCUUCAAGAUUACACAUCAGAAGAGCUGGACUUGAACAACCCAGCUGUCUUUAGGGACCUAUCCAAGCCCAUUGGGGUGGUGAAUGAAAAGAAUGCUGCUUCUGUGCGGGAAAAGUAUGAAAACUUUGAAGAUCCUUCUGGAAAGAUUGACAGUUUCCACUAUGGUACACACUACUCCAAUGCUGCUGGUGUGAUGCAUUAUCUCAUUCGUGUGGAACCAUUCACUACCCUCCACAUUCAGCUUCAGAGUGGAAGGUUUGACUGUGCCGAUCGACAGUUUCAUUCCAUUCCAGCCACUUGGCAAGCUCUUGUGGAUAAUCCAAAUGAUGUGAAGGAACUAAUUCCAGAGUUCUUCUAUUUCCCAGAAUUUCUUGAAAACAAAAAUGCGUUUGAUUUGGGAAAGUUGCAAAUUUCUAAAGAAAGAGUAAACAAUGUUAUUCUACCAAAAUGGGCCAAAAGUCCUGAAGAUUUCAUCAGAAAGCACGGGAUGGCCUUGGAGUCAGAAUAUGUUUCUGCCCAUCUUCACGAGUGGAUAGACUUGAUCUUUGGCUAUAAGCAGAGAGGACCAGCAGCUGUGGAGGCGCUCAAUGUGUUCUAUUACUGUAGCUAUGAAGGUGCUGUGGACCUGGAUGCAAUUGCAGAUGAGAAAGAGAGGAAAGCGAUAGAAGGAAUGAUCAACAAUUUUGGACAAACACCAUGUCAGCUGCUGAAGGAACCUCAUCCAACUCGGCUAUCUGCAGAGGAAGCUUUGCUGAAACAGACCAAACUAGACAAUGGAACACUGAAUUUGUUCCAAAACCUCACAGAACUGAAAUCAUUCUUUAUAAAGGGUAUUAGUGAUGAAAUUCCUGUGGUUAAAGCCAUUGUCCCAAAAAGUCAGUUACGUUCCUUUAUAUCUCAAGGGAGCCCAGAAACACUGGUAACAAUAGGUCAGAGCCUAAUUAUUGGAACCCAUGGAUGGCUACCAUAUGACAAGAACAUUUCAAAUUAUUUCACCUUUACUAAGGACCAAACUGUAUCUAAUCAAAAGACUCAGAGGGUGGUGUCUGGUCCAUUUGCUCCUGGUCUUGAGGUAACUUCAAAACUGUUUGUGGUGUCCCAUGAUGGGAAAGUGUUGUUCAGUGGGGGUCACUGGGAUAACAGCAUCCGGGUAACUUCAUUGGCUAAAGGCAAAGUGAUAGGACAACACAUCCGGCAUAUGGACAUUGUGACCUGCCUAGCCACAGAUUACUGCUGUAUGAAUCUUAUUUCUGGCUCUCGGGACAGAACGUGCAUGAUCUGGCAGAUCUCACAACAGGGUGGUGUUUCUGGCGACCUGUCUGCUAAGCCUAUACAGAUCCUGUAUGGACACACGGAUGAAAUAACUAGUGUUGGCAUCAGCACUGAGCUGGACAUGGCUGUUUCUGGAUCCAGAGAUGGGACAGUAAUUAUUCACACAAUCCGAAGAGGACAAUACAUGAGGACCUUGAAGCCACCAACUGAAAGUUCACUUGUCAUGACUAUUCCCAAUUUAGCAGUCUCCUGGGAUGGACAUAUUGUCAUACAUAGCAGUCUGGAGGGGAAAGGAACCCUAAAAAACAAGAAUGCCUUGCAUCUGUAUAGUGUGAAUGGAAAAUACCUGGGCUCUGAGGGCCUGAAGGAGCAAAUAUUGGACAUGUGCGUCAGCGGAGAAUACAUUGUGAUUGGGAGCCGUCAGGGACAUCUUUCUAUACGUGAUCUGUACAGUUUGAGUCUCAGUGUUUCACCUUUGAGUAUGCGGGUUCCAAUUCAUUGUGUCUCUGUGACCAAGGAAAACAGUCACAUUCUGGUGGGUCUAGAAGACGGCAAACUCAUCAUUGUUGGUGUUGGCAAGCCAGCAGAGGCCAAAUCAGGUCAAAUUUCCAGGAAGCUUUUUGGAUCAAGCAGGAGACUCAGCCAGAUCUCCUCUGGAGAGACUGAAUAUAACACACAAGAUUCCUAGUGUGAGAACACAGUUAUGUGAGGAGCUCAUAAUCUAAAGCCUUGUCAGAGUGUUACGAGGAUAACUGUCAAUGAAGGCUACACACUACAGUUGUGGUGGAUCUGAGAGGAUAUACACACAAGUGCAUUUUUCUUUGCCUCAUAUUGCUGCUUAACUGUUCAGCCGCCAGGUCGGCUCCUGCCUUCAGGCCAAAAGGUUAUUUAUGUAUGAACUCCAGACGUAGACCUCUCUAAGUCCAUCUCCUCCCUUGAUUGCACUACUUUUUGUCUCUUUAUGUUGUUCAAAAUUUUAUCGUAUUUGGGCUUUCUAGCACUACUGGGAGUAUCACGACAUUCCUCCUUUAAGUAAGAAAAGUACUCUACUUUAGUCUUUUAUGACUUGUUCACGGUAUGGUUGAUCCAUGGAGGGAUGUUUCCAAGCAAAGUUUUAGUCUAAAGUAACUAGACAGUAAA